CGCGCGGGGAAACCAGCCGUGAAGUCGGGACAGAAGCCCUGGGCGACAGCCUGGCUAUAAAAGGACUUGGUCCAUCGGCCCCCGGCCGCGCUCGCCGGCCCCGGGGCGGAGGCACGCGGGGAAUGCUCGGGCACGGGCUGCAGUCACCGGUUUUCGGAGUCUUUCCCCAAAUAUGGUGCCUGGGACAGAGGGAUGGUGCGGGGAGGAGGCGGCCCCGGGGGCACUGACAUCACUGUCCCGGCGCCGGCCUUUUAGCGCAGGGUCUGGCUCGGAACUGUUCAGUGCGCUGCUCCCGCGGCCGGCAUCAGCCCUCGCCUCCGAGCACACGCCGUCUCCCUCCCGCCCGCCGCAGCCAUGGCGAACAAGGGCCCGGCCUACGGCAUGAGCAGGGACGUGCAGUCCAAGAUCGAGAAGAAGUACGACGAUGAGCUGGAGGAGCGGCUGGUGGAGUGGAUCGUGGCGCAGUGCGGGGCGGCCGUGGGCCGGCCCGAGCGGGGCCGCCUGGGCUUCCAGGUCUGGCUGAAGAACGGCAUCGUCCUCAGCAGGCUGGUCAACAGCCUCUACCCCGACGGCUCCAAGCCCGUCAAGAUCCCCGACACCCCCCCCACCAUGGUGUUCAAGCAGAUGGAGCAGAUCGCCCAGUUCCUCAAGGCCGCCGAGGACUACGGCGUGGUGAAGACCGACGUGUUCCAGACCGUCGACCUCUUUGAAGCCAAGGACAUGGCGGCGGUGCAGAGGACGCUGAUGGCCCUGGGCAGCCUGGCGGUCACCAAGAACGACGGCAACUACCACGGGGACCCCAACUGGUUCAUGAAGAAGGCGCAGGAGCACAAGCGGGAGUUCACCGAGAGCCAGCUGAAGGAGGGCAAGAACGUCAUCGGGCUACAGAUGGGCAGCAACAAGGGCGCGUCACAGGCGGGCAUGAGCUACGGGCGGCCCCGGCAGAUCAUCAGCUAAAGCGCCCGCCCCGCCGGGACCCGCCGCCCCUCGCCCGGCGCUGACCCAUUGCCGAGGAGGGGCCCGGCCGCGGCCCCCGCGCUGCCCCGCCGCCUGCCCCCUGCCGCCACGCGCCCGCCGCAGCCCCGCACCGCCCCGCGCCGCCGCGGACACCCGCUGCCAACGGGCACCAAAGGAAAAUUGGCCUCGGUUUUCUACUUCGUUUUUGUUCAAAAUUAAAAGGUUCUUCAUCGAG